CCUAGUAUUGGAGAAUGUCGAAACUCUAAAUUUUGUGACUGUACACGUGGGGGGGACGCAUUGGUCAGAAACGCCCGUCUUCUAUUCCCGCAACCAGCGGACGAAAGUGGCAAGUCGUUGUUUACGAAGGCGGCAACCAGAGCACAACAAGCACGAAAGCCGUCUCAUUUUUCCCCCCAAAAUAUCCGCACUACUUCAAUUUAUUUGCGAAAAGCCCAUCUCUGAAAGCGUCUGAUCUGCCGGUCAGUAGGGGUACUUUGGGGUUCACGCCCCAAAAAUAACCGCUAGUUCAUAUUUUUCUCGAUCCUUCCUUACAUGCCCAAAAGAACCAAAACUUUGCAAAAGAAGAAGAAAAUUUUCAACCGCGGACGGAGAUUGAUCCUGGUUCGGGUUCAUUGGAUUUUCCAUUAUUGAUAAGAAGCUCUGCUGUAAAGUGAUACAUAGGAGUAUGAGUGUAAUCUAUUGCUGUUGAAAUAGUGGGAAAGAAAGAAAUCAAAGUUUUGAAUUUUCCCUUUUGCUGUAUUUUCUCAGGAACCAAACAGAGGGUUUCUGCUGAUCUAGUUCUAAUAUGAAGCCAAAGGAAAAUUGUUAGAACAAGUUUGGUUUUGAAAAGGGGGCGAAAGAUAAAAGUUCUCUGGUUGCAAACCCUUUGCUGAUAGUGGUUUAGGGUUUUUUUUUCUUUCCAUUUCUGAUGUUGGUAACAAAACCUUAUUGCUUAUUUUAAUUUUGAGUUCUGUCGUUUUUAUUUCAUAUAGUUCCUUUAUAUCUUUGCAUUAUAAACAGAGGAAAUCAAUUUAUGUACAUGUCGAGGUCAUUUUUACAAUUUUGUUUUUGGUUCCUGAGGUGAGGUCUUUCAAUUGAUGAAGCAGCUUAUCUUUUGAAGCAGUUGUACAGAAUUUGAUGAAUUCCCAGUCUACUUGCCGCAACCAGAGACCCAAAGGGUUGAAGGUAAAGCUGGUCUUUCAGAUUGCAUUGCUUUUGGUUGUUUGCUUCUGGUUGCUAUACCAGAUGAAGUACUCACAUGACAAGGCCUAUAGUGGAAGUGCAGAGAACAAGGUUAGUGAAGAACGCGGUUCUAAUAUUUUGGGGCGCAAAGGGAAUGCAGGGUGGUCAAAAGAUGGCGGUAUAUCUGGAUCAGAAGAUGUAAAUCUUGUGGAAGGAAGUAUAAAGAAAGAAGAUGGAGGUGUUGGAGAUGAUAUGUUAGGUGAAAUUGCUGAAGAGAAUAAUGAAGCAGAAUCUAACAAAGUAGAUGAUCAUGCUCAUGGAAAGCUUGGGAGGCGUGAAGGAAAAGAAAUUGAAAGGGAAACAGAAAUGCAGUACAAAGUAUUGAACAUUACAGAUGAUAAUUCUGAUGUUGAAGACAAAGGAAAUGAUGAACCAGUGGGGCUCAACAAGAACUCAUUGCAAGAAGAAAAUUCUCAAGGGAGACAUGGAGAUACACAGGAAAUUAUCUCGGAUCACGACGGUGAGAAAGAUGUGAAGAAUAUUAGUCAUGAUGAAGUUGGAGAGGAAAACGAGCAAAAUUCACAAGUUAAUCAUGAUAAGCAAGAAAAUGAAAAGGACCGAGAGAAAGAGCCACAGAGAUUGGAGGACUUUAGUACUAACAAGGACAUUUCAGUACAACAUAGUCAAGGGAAGAGUGACAGUCUAAAGGGCCCAGAUUCAGUGGUAGAUGGAGUCCAUGGAUUUAAUGAUGAGAAUGGUGUUCCUGUAGAUGGCAAUGAUCUCAUAGAGUCCAUAGUGACUGGAUCAAGCGAUGAUCAUGCAAUGGUUCUACAUCAGGAAAUGAAUUCAAGUUCAAACAAUCAAAGUGAAACGAAAGAAAACACUAUAAAAGAAGAAGUUGCAGCUAAAGAAGGAACAAAUGGCGCUGAUUUUGAAGCCAAAAGCAAAAUCUCAGUAGAAGACUCAAAAAUCGACAUGAAACCAAAGGUGGAAACAAGUUCUGGAAUUGGUGUUGACACAAACACCUCGAGGAUCGAUAGCAUUUCAGAAACUACACAGGGAGGCAGUUCAGUUUCAGAUUUUUAAUAGUAAAACAAAGGGUCAUUAACAUUACAGGUUUUUUUCCACAAGCCGAAGAAGUAAAAAGAACAAAAGUAGAAAGUGACUUGAGGCACAUUCCUUGGUGAAUGACAUUGUACAAUCUAAUUCUGAAUUUGUUUUUGCACUUUGUUGACAUUUUCUUUGCCUACAAAAUGAGAAUGGGCGAUAGUUUUAUACAA